AUGGACACCGACAGAGGAUGCCCACAAGGCUUGAGACGCGGCCCUGGAUUGUGGAACCUCGUGUUCGAUGACCUUCUUAACUCCAUACCUCCGAACCACAAUUGUACUCUCCAAGCCUUUGCGGAUGACCUCCUUCUCAUGAUCUCCCAUCAUAAUGUAGAUAGGCUUGAGGAGAUCAACAAAUACUUAAAACACAUUUACAAAUGGAGCCAGACCAACAAGCUCCCUAUCAACUACGACAAAACGGUGGGCAUGGUUUGCACGAGAAAAAACAAGAGAAAUAGACUUCAAAGACCACCCAGGAUAUUUAUUGGUGGAAAUAAAAUAAAAAUUAAACAAGACAUCAAAUACCUGGGCAUCCACUUUGACGACAAGCUUAAUUGGCAUACGCAUGUCCGUAACAUCUGCCAGCAUAUGGACAAAAAAGCAAAUCUCUUAAACUGGAUAACGGCUAAGACCUGGGGCAACAAUUAUAUCAACUCGAAAAUUAUUUACAAAGCGGCGGUUGAACCAGCCCUAUUAUAUGCCGUCCAAGUGUGGAACGAAGCUUUAAAUAAUGUGCAUAUGCGACGCAAGUUGACCUCAAUACAAAGGAAAUUUACAAUCAAGAUUAAUAAGGCUUACAACACUGCCCCCACUAAUUCCUUACAGGUUAUGGCGAAUAUUCCACCAAUUCACCUUCAAGCUAAACAGAUCACUUGGCUCUUGUACCUAACCUCCAAAAACCCCCAAACAAUCCAGCAACCCUUUGACAAGAACGAAAUCAGCCUUGACUUUAUAGUGAACACCUCCUCAAUCAACAAGAAUAAAGAGAACUACGGAAUUAACAGAAAACUCAAAAAAGACAAGUAUUCUUGUCACCCAGCAGACGAACCGAACUACACCACCCACUGGGACAAUGAAGAUAACCGAAAUUUCAAAGCCAAAUGGAGUAUCUACACUGACAGUUCCAAAAACAACAACGACACAGGUGCUGGCUUCACGAUUAAGAAUUCUAAUAAUAGAACUACCUACCAGUGUUACCACAAGCUUGCAUCUCACUGCUCUAAUGCUCAGGCAAAGAUGUGGGCAAUUUUUAAAGCCCUCGAACAUAUCAACAAUAACCUGGACACUUAUAAAGGAAAUAUCUAUAUUUUCACAGACAGCAAAAUGGCUCUCCACAGCCUGAGCAAUAACAACCACCCCACAGUUCUGACAAACAAUGUGCAGAACAUGGCCAAGACUUUAGGUGCCACCCGCAAUCUUAACAUCGCUUGGGUCCCGGCUCACACGGGUAUCGAUGGCAACGAGAUGGCAGACAAGUUGGCCAAACUAGGUGCCAACUCCUCCACUCAACCAUCAUUCACCGACCUGCCUCAGAAGAAGCUCAAGAAAGAGAUUAAGAUCAUCAUCAACCAAGCUUGGCAAAACAAUUGGGAAACUGCCAAUACGGGCAGGAACUGUUUCAGCUUCAUACCUUCUAUUGACAUCAGAAUCGCCGCCAGGCAUUUCGUGCCCAACAAACUCAUCACGCAGGUCCUCCUUGGCCACGGCAACUUCCCAGCUUACCUUCAUAGGUUUGGCUUCAAAAACUCUAACAAGUGCUCUUGCACUGCAAACUCUAUCAACGAUGCAAUGCACUUCACUUUCAACUGUCCAAUCUAUGACAAUUACCGUGCUGAACUACAGCACAAAUACCUCCUGGAGAACUUUAGCUGGCCACCAAAUCCUACAAUUAUUUUCCAAAAUAAAGGCCUUUGGAAAAUUUUUAAAAACUUUAUCAUAAAAACAGGUGCUCUCAAAGAACACACCGAGACUGACAAUCCUGAAAAAGAAGACCCUACCGAAGUCCAUUUGCCCAAUGUCGACAACAAUCAUCACACCACUGAAGAUGAAGACUCCGAAUAUGACACCGACUAA